AUGCUGCGCUGGCUGCGUGGCUUCGUGCUGCCGCGGGCGACGUGCCAGGAGGACAGCUCCUACGUCCUGUACGAGGCCCUCUUCCAGGAGCUGGACCGCAACGGGGACGGGGUGGUGGACAUCUUGGAGCUGCAGCGGGGUCUGAAAGACUUGGAAACCUGGUUUACCACGGGCUCGGAGCAGGCAUUUUUCAAAGCUGCAGAUGUCAACAAAGAUUCACAAUUGGACUUUGAAGAAUUUGUGCAUUACCUUCAAGAACAUGAGAAAAACAUGAAGCUGGCAUUUAAAAGUCUGGACAAAAAUAAUGAUGGGGUUAUAGAAACUUCAGAAGUACUGGAUGUUCUGAAAUCACUGGGUAUAGAUGCUUCUGAAGACCAGGCAAAAAAGAUUCUACAAAGCAUUGAUCUUGAUGGAAAUUUGACAGUGGACUGGUAUGAAUGGAGGAACUACUUUUUAUUUAACCCUGCCACAGAUAUUGAUGACAUUAUUCGUUUCUGGAAGCGUUCUACUAUAAUUGACAUAGGGGAGAGUGUAACUAUUCCAGAUGAUUUUUCUGAAGAAGAGAAGCGGUCUGGAGAUUGGUGGAGGAGGUUGAUGGCAGCAGGAAUGGCUGGUGCAGUCUCCCGGACGUGCACGGCCCCCUUUGACCGUUUGAAAGUCAUGAUGCAGGUUCAUGGUUCACAGCCAGGGAAAAUGAGAUUGAUGGGGGGGUUGAAGCAGAUGGUAAAAGAAGGAGGAAUGAUUUCUCUUUGGAGAGGAAAUGGUGUAAAUGUUUUAAAAAUUGCACCAGAGACAGCACUCAAGUGUUCAGCCUAUGAACAGUUCAAGAAAUGGCUUAGUUUUGAUGGUGCUAAAGUAGGAAAUCCUGAGAGAUUUAUAUCUGGUUCAUUGGCUGGUGUAACUGCUCAGACCUGCAUUUAUCCACUAGAGGUUCUAAAGACCAGACUGGCUGUAGGUCAAACUGGACAGUAUUCAGGGGUGAUUGACUGUGGCAAGAAGUAUUAAACACAUUAUCAUUUAUGGAAAUUCUAGGUAUUUAUUUUCAUAAAGAAAUUGCUCAAGAAUUUGAAAGGUAGUGAACAAAGGCUAACACACUACUCUCUUCUCUGACAGCUUUUGAAGAACUACUGGCUCGAACAUUAUGCCAAGAACUCAGUAAACCCGGGGGUAAUGAUUUUGCUGGCAUGUUGUACAUUGUCCAGCACUUGUGGUCAGUUAGCCAGCUUUCCUCUGAACCUACUUAGAACUCGAUUGCAGGCUCAAGCCCAUGUGAAAGGAGGACCAAUAACUUCCAUGAUUCAUCUCAUUCAAGAAAUAUAUCAAAAAGAAGGAAAAAGGGGAUUUUUCAGGGGUAUUACCCCAAAUAUCAUAAAAGUGCUUCCUGCAGUGGGCAUUAGCUGUGUGGCUCAUGAAAAAAUGAAACCCAUUGUGGGAUUAACAUAGAAGUGAAAUAUUGCAUUGUGU